AUGGCUCUGCAAACCAAAGAGCCGGCCUUAAUCCCUAUCCAAGACGUCCAAACUAGGUGGAACUCUACCUUCCUGAUGCUCAAUCGUGCCAAAACCCUACAGCCUUUCUAUGACCAGUAUUGUGCAGAUCAUCAGUAUCUCUAUUUCAGGCUUGAUCAAGAAGAGUGGCGACGGGUUGAAUAUCUUCUUCUUCUCACAAAGCCCUUUUUCGACUUUACCAGCAUGUUAUCAAAGAGUAAAGAUAUUACUGCCCAUAAUAUCUAUGGUAUUUACAACAAGCCAUUCUCGCACCUUGAUGAUGCCGAGGCCAAGCUCAAGAAUAAAGGGGUUGUUUGGAAGAAGCGCAUGCUCCAGGCUCUCCAGACUGCAAAAAAGAAGCUCUCGAAGUAUUAUACUGCCACUGAUCAUGAACCUUACGGUGAUAUCUAUGCUCUUGCAACAAUCCUUUGCCCAUCAAAGAAACUCCGAUACUUUUCAUCAAUUCUGAAACGAGAGUUCAAUCGAUACAAAGAGCUACUUCACCAUAACUCAGAUCCUACAGCAUUGGAUGAUAUAUUUAGUGAGGCUGUUGAUGAUAAUAAUGACUGUGAUCUUGAUGCUGCCUGUGCUUCCCAGAGCCAGCUACCCGAGGAGCUCACAAAGCCUGAAGAUGAUGAGAUCGCAAGAUAUCUUGCCCGGGGGAUUGAGAGACAGAAGCCCCGAGUUUUCUGGAAGGACCAUGAGAAUGAAUUCCCUAUCCUUGCAAGGAUGGCACGGGAUAUUCUCUCUAUCCCUGCCAGUGGUGCUGGUGUGGAGCGAUUGUUCAAUUGUGCCCGUGAUAUCUACCACUAUCGCCGCGGUCAGUUAAAGCCAGACACAAUCCGGGAACUAAUGCUUCAUCAGUUCGCAACCAACUUUGAUGUCAGGCAAGAUGAGCUCAGUGUUCUUAAAGAGCAUCUUUCUAAUGGGGAGGCUGCGCUAUUGGAUCAAACUUGGAAAUCAAUGCCUCAGCUUGAAACCCUAGAGCCGAUCAGUGAUAAUGAGGAAGAGGAUCAAGAGCCUGGGAUUGAGGAUACACAGCAGGUGGAGGGCUGUGAUGAGAUUUCAGAUGAUAGGACUGUUGAACGAUGGGGACAGGGAAAAGGCAAACAGUCACAAAAAAGAUCAUCUGAUGUCCUCGAUAAUGAGGAUGACGACCUUCCAGAGAUGCCAGUACAUCAGGGCACCCAGGCACGGCCAGGGCGGAUUCGGAAGCAACCAAGAUUACCAGAUGGGUUUCAACUUGAUGUAUAA